GGGCCGAGCUAGGGUGUCGAACAGGGUUUACCUGAAUACCCUUCGUCAAACAAUUAUAUUUUAUGUAUAAGAUUUAAAUUAUCUUUUAUAUAUAUUUAAUAUGUGCUGAAUUUCCUGAACUUAUUCGUAUAUUUACUUAUUUAUAUUUUUAAUCCUGACUCCGUCACGGAUCAUAAAGAAACCCAAACCCAAAUAUUGGGAACAUCCUUCUUAUAUCCUUUUUUCCACAUAUAUAAUGUAAUAAGUUAAUCAUAUGAUUAAAGAAAUUAAAAUAACAAUAUUACCUUUUAUUAGUCAGAUAUUUUAUGGCUUAUGAGAUUGUGAAUUUUCUUGGGAUCCUAUAAGAACCUGCCAGAAUGUAAGGAUUGUUUUCUAGUACAGUAGUAAUUUUUAACUAAUUCUUUUGAAGGGGGUGAAUUAAAAUAUUACUAUUAGUUCUAGUUAGAAGUGAUUAGUAAUUUAUUUUUAGAUAGCUAAAGGACAAAACACAAAUGGUGGGGAUUGGUCAUUGACUUAUGAAACGGGCUUUGUAUUUUAGCCGUUAAAGAUUUGUACAAAGUUUUCAAGGUGAAAUGACAAGCUCUUGUCUUUUUCAUUAUCUAUUGACAACGUUAGGAUCCUAUGUGGAUGUGGUUAGGCUAUUAAACAUUAAAAGUGACUUUUUGUACAGGAGGUUUGUGAGCCCUCACCAGGUGAUGUUUGCCUCACUGCUUCCGAGUAUAUCUCCGGAUUUGACGAACUGAUGUAAUCUAUGAAAGCUUGACUCGCUAUAACAUAUUAUCUCUCCUCUUGAUUUUUGCAUCGAGAAGUUAAAAUCGCCUGUGACAUCGAUCAUCUGUUUGUAUUAGUUGUGCAUGAUUCUGAUACAUUUGAAUGGUACAACAGUGUCUUGACGCACUGAAGCGAAGGUUACCAUGACGGAAAAUUUGGAUGAGAUAAUAAACCACUUAAAUGGUUACAAGGACUCUAAGCCUUUAGUCUUUCCGAAAAAAGAUCUGCUUGAUUCAAGUGGUUACGAUGGCACUAAAGACUCUUUGGCGUGUGAAACAAAAGAGAGGAAUGAAUUCCGGAAUGUUCAGGAACUUGAUGACCUUGCAUUUUCUGAAGAUAUUUCAAGAAGUAACAAACACGAAAUUAGAGCUUCACCUGUGAAGAAUGAUGAUCUGAAUGAAGGCCUGCCUAAUUUAACUUCUUGCAACAGAAACGGAAAUCCUUUUGCAUGUGAUACAGAAGAUCGAGGUCACCCCUGCAGUAUUCCAGAUUUCGUUGAUGAUGAAGAAAAGGGAGCCGUAGUCUCUAAUGCACAAUUUACCUCUCUUUCAGAAUUGUUUGAUACAGACACUUAUUUAUAUACUGAUAAGGGUGUCGUGGAAUGCAAAUUUCCAGAAUCGGCAAUUUGCUACAAAGAGAGUAACUAUAACAUUAUGAAAGACAUAUGCAUGGAUGAGGGUGUACCUAUCAUGGAUAAAAUUGUAACUGAAAGCAGGAAAGAUGAUCAGCCUAGAAACACAGCAGACGAGUCCAAAGCUUCAUCAGUUGAAAGUAACUUCAAAAUUUCCGCAGAUAGUCAUACAACUGAAGAAGAUGAGGGUACUAAAUCACUUGUUCCAAAUGGUUUAAACCCCUUCUUGGAUGAUAACAUGAGCAAAGAUGCUGAUAAGGAUUCUUAUCGGGAGGAUGUGAUGGAGAUUUCUGGAUCAAAAUGUACUACAACGGAAAAAGCUACUAACAUAUCAGAAAAAGAAUCCGACAAUCAGAAUUCUAAAGAAUCUAACUCUGAUGUCGAUCAAUCAGCAAAGCAGCCUGAUCAGUUUCUUGAACUGCAGAUGCAUUCUUCUAUAAUAGCUUUGAACAGCCAAAAUGCAGUCUCGGCAGCUGAUGAAACAAACAAUAAUGGGCCAGCUAGCAACAUCUUUAACAAUAGCAAGUCGGAAGCUGGAGCUGUUACUCGUGACUUCAACUUGACUGAACUGGCUUUAAGUAGCAGCGUGGCGAAAGUGGCCAAAAACUUGCCUGAACAAUCCGUUAAAUUAGAGGCCGUCUCCAGUCAAAAGGACGGGAAGUCUGAUAGCUUUUCAGCUACUAGUCAAGUUCAUUUUUCCAAUAAUGUGGACUCCAUCGACCCCCAAAAUGUGGCUAAUCACGAGGAUAAGAACUCUGGUAAUCUCCCACUUGGUGGUCAUGGUCAUUUUGCAGAUGGAGAGGCAAGUUUUUCGGCAGCGGGGCCUGCAUCUGGUUUGAUUACUUACUCAGGUCCUAUAUUACAUUCGGGUAACGUCUCUCUUCGGUCAGAUAGCAGCACAACCAGUACCAGAUCAUUUGCCUUCCCAGUCUUGCAAUAUGAAUGGAACAGUAGUCCAGUAAGAAUGGCAAAGGCAGAAAGGCGGAAACACAGGAGUUGGAGGCAAAGCCUUCUCUGUUGUAAAUUCUAAGUCCUAUUAUUUCAUUUUUGUAGGGUAGUUAGUUAAAAAAUAUACAUCAUUUAAAAUCCAAAAUCAUGAUCCAUUGUAAGUAUAUAUAUAUUGAUAUUCUCUUAGGAAUGGUAUGUCAUUGGUGGUAGGUAUAGAGGGCUCUAUGAGUUAGUUUGCUUAAAGAGUGGAGGCAGUGAAAUGUAAACCCUUAAAUUUUUGUUUUCCUUAUAUGCUAUCUAUGAUAUAAUCAUUUAGCAAUAAAUUCCUAGUUUGUUAAA